CUAGUAUACGUAAGUGUUGUUCUGUAGACGUCUGGGACUGUUGUAUGACAUUGGAUCUAAUGUGGACAUGUGACAUAUCUUGGAGGUUACAACCAACGACUAGAGGACUAUUUCUACAUAACUAAAACACUACAUUUCACCAUGACGACAGUAAACGGGGUGUACACCCCCAGCCCCACACCGAAACCCCAUCCCCGGAUCAGACCCGAGGCUGAGGAAUACGCCAACAGAAAUCGUGGGGGCAUGGACAAAUGGUUCGAUUAUUCACAAAAUACUAGUUACGAGUCGCCACGACCCAUGGAACGACUACGUUCGGACGACGCACGACGUAACGCCACCACCAAUAAAGGUUGUAUGAAUGAACUUCUGGGAGGUUACGCCGACCCACCGGCGGAUAGAAAAAUUCACCCUCGGGCUGUCAGGGGCGAUGCAGCGGAAACGGCGCAAAAUGAUAAAGGUGGGGCCAUGAGGAACUUAAUGGAAAACUAUGGCAAUUUAGGAAUUGAUUCUAAACCACCUCCAAAGGUCAAAGGUGAUUAUGCGGAGGAAUAUGCCGAGCGGAAUCACAACGGUAAAAUGGAGACAUUGAUUAAUCACUAUGGUACGCUCCCUACAGACCAGCCCCCAGCCCCUAAGGUAUCGUACGGUGGUGAGGAAGUGGCUGAAAAGUAUAAGGGUGCUGGAAUGGGACCCCUCCUCAGACAGGAAGAAGAAGCUUACUAUCAGGAGCCCAAAGUCAGCCGACUCCAUCAGGCGUCGGAAGGGCCUGGAUGGGAUGAGAAUCCACCGGCAUAUCGCACUAGACCGGAAGCGGAAGGGAUUGCAGAGAAAAAUUCCGAAACGAAUUGCGACAAGCUGAUGAGAGGGGAAGUGCUGCCCCCGACUGUGAGGACACCAAAAAUGCCCCAACAUUUGCAGGAGUCGGAAACACCAAGACCAGUGACAUCUCCACUCAGAACGAGGCCGGAAGGGGUCACCAACUUCCAACGAAACCAGAAUGGUUCCGAAAUGGCGGCCAUAAUGAGGGGCGAAAACAAAAGUUCAGCAGCUCCAAAGAAGAUGAAUAGAAAUCUAGUUAGGUCUGAGAAUUGGUGAAACUGUCUCUAGUCACUGGCACACUGAGAGAAUGGAGUUAUCUGCCCGUGUAGUCAACAGGUGUUACAAGUAAUGUAACUACGCAAAGACACCUAGUGGCAAGAAUUCAAAUGACAAUGAGAAAAUUUGAGCUGGUCGUGAAAACAUUUUAUCCACUCAAAGGCAGUGAGAUAUGUUUUAAAAUAUGAUUCUUUAAUAUGCGUGGAUAUUGUAUAAAAUGAAUAAAACACGUACAUAGAUUAAUUUGAUAAGUGGAAUAUCUUAUUUCAAUAAUCAUUUUAACUGAUUGCAUAUCAAAUCAAACUGUAUUUGCCUUCUAUGCAAAGAAAUUUGUCCAUUUUCGAUAAAUUGCUUAAAGUUAUUUUUAUACAUUGUCCUUGUACCAGGUAUGCCAUUUUUUCCUUAACAGUACAAGGUUUUUUAAAAUUGAUUUAAUACAGAUUCAAACCACAGUUUAUAUAAUUGUGUCUUUGUAUAUUUAAUACAUAUCAUGGUAUGAUAAAGUAAUCCAAUAUUAUUUUUAUUGGAACACCUGCCUGAAAUAAAGUUGUUAUUCCUGUUAUUCUAUAUAUAUUGAUGUUUGUUAAAACUUGUGUAGUACUGUGUUCAGUAAGUGAGAAACCUCUAGCAGCCAUUAGGGUACAAUGUAUAUUUGAUGUAAUAACCUUCCAUGUUUUUUUCAGUAUGGAUUUAUCUGUAUCUAAUUCCCAAUGUCAUUGUGAUGCAUUUCAUCUUGGUAAUAUUUGUAGAUUUGAGUAUGUUUGUAGUUUUAUAUAGAUUUUUUUUCGGUUUUAAUAGAUAUAAGAAGAUCUGAGAAAGUUAGGAGACAGGGGAGAUUAAGUGCCAGUUUUAUGUCUGCUCAACAGAAUAUUACCCCGUUUGUGUGAUGCAUUUCCAGCAUCACACAUUUUAAUCUCUGUAGUAUAUUCUCUCAACUCAUCAGUAUAUUGAUAAUUUAAGAAAUAGAAAUCUCAAGUUAAAAACACACAAUAUCAUUGUUGAUGCUUCUAAUUAUUGUUUUAUUGAUUUUGCACAAAAUUCCACAGUUGUUGUGUGCUUGUGUGUGUGAUUAGGAAAGUAAGGGGCUUUGCUUGAGAGACUGUCAAAAGAAGCUAAAUAGAAGGUGACAAGUCCCUGUGAUUGAGGUGACUGCCAACCUAGCCUUUAUGAUGUUGGACAAUUAUGUGUUCAUGUAUCUUAUAAAUACUCUGUAAAAUUAUAUUGUUUUUGUUUGCUUUUGUUUUGUCAGAUUUGUUGGAAGAACUGUUAAGCAUUGUUUUUGUAAUUACAAACUGACUUUCUAGGUUGCCAUUUUUCAAAACUUUAUUAUUAAAAAAAAAAUUCUCUCUUAUCUUUUUCACUAAAAACUGAUAAUUCUAUAGCCUAUUUCUAAAUGUGAAACCAGGGGCUUCGAUGGAAUGUAUUCCAAAACCAUGGUAAAAAAUUGCUUCUAUAGUCUGUUUCAUAAAAUGGUUUGUAAAUUACCUGCUGUGAUAUGUAGUUUUAGUGGAGAAACAGACAUGACUCAGUUCAGCUGUAACGUAUGAAUGUUACUCUUUAUAACUGAAACUGUACUUUUUUUUAAUCAGACUAUAAUCCUCUUGACAGAAGGUGCUAGUACUAACAGCCUUACUUAAACACAUUAUGAGUUUAUAGAAUAAUUAUUAUAUCAAAACAUAAUAAGUAAAGAUCAGACUAAAUAUUGAAAAUUAAAUUUUGGUGAUAGUGUAUACCACAGGUUAGCAUGGACUACAAUCAUUGUAUCACCUGUAACAGGUAUAAAGGUCAUAGUUCAGGAACACCAUAAUGAAAUAUUUGGAAGAUGUCUGCUGUUGACCAGUGAUGGACCAAGAAGGUGAAGAUGUUAACCAUUUUACCUCUGAAAUGGUCUGUGACAUCUGCUGAAAAGAGAUGGACCUGCCUUUGAGUGUGGGCUUAUCCUGGUAAAGUUUGUUACAUACAUACAUUUGUGAAACUUUCACAAAACGAAUAUAUCAUAGCAGAUUAAUCAGAUUUAUUGUAUAACAUUGUACCUGUAUUUAGGCUAGUAUCACUUUAUUUAAACAUGUAUUAAUUGAGAUGUACAAAGGACAAGAAUAGAAAUGCUUAUGUAAAGUCAGUGUAUGAUGAACUGAGGGCAGUGGGCCACCCAA